AUGACAUCAACGCAUAGCUGGCCACAGCAGGGUUGGGCAAUUUUACAAGUGUUAUUGGUGGUGUCUUUCUCUCAGGCUGAUGAACAAGUAUGCAGGCAAAUGGGGGAGCCUGAAAACCCCCAACUAUCUCAGGAUGGUAAUAUUAUAUUAGGGGGGAUCUUCUCAUUUCACAGCAGUUGGAAAGACAGAAUGGACACCUACUUGCAUAAACCACUGCCACUGCAAUGUACCAGUUUGAAUUUCAGAGGCUUCCAGUUUGCUCAGGCUAUGCUUUUUGCCAUUGAAGAGAUUAAUAAUAGUACAGACCUACUGCCAGGAGUCUCUUUAGGCUACAAAAUCUAUGAUGAAUGUGGCUCCAUUGCAAGAAGUGUAAAAGUUGCAUUGGCAUUGACUACCGAUAAUACAGUUGUUACUGCACUAUCCAAGACGGCAUGUACCAGACCUUCACAAGUGCAGGCCAUAAUUGGAGAGACAUCUUCCUCUCCUUGCAUGGCAAUAGCUACUGUCCUUGGACCAUUUUAUAUACCAAUGAUCAGCCACUUUGCCACAUGUGCUUGUCUCAGUGACAAAACCAAGUACCCAUCCUUCCUCAGAACAAUACCCAGUGACUACUACCAGAGCAGAGCCCUGGCCCAUUUGGUCAAGUAUUUUGGAUGGACUUGGGUUGGAGCUAUUAGAAAUAAUGAUGAUUAUGGAAAUAAUGGCAUGGCUACAUUCACAGAAACUGCACAGCAGCUGGGCAUCUGUCUGGAGUAUUCUGAAUCUUUUUUCAGGACAGAUCCAUCAGACAAAAUACAAGAGAUAAUUGACAUUGUCAAAACUUCAACUUCCAAGGUGAUUGUUGCCUUUAUGUCACACAUGGAUAUGGAUGUGCUAAUACAUGUAUUAUCCCAGCAUAAUUUGACUGAAUACCAGUGGGUAGGUAGCGAGGGCUGGAUAGUUGAUUCUCAAAUAGCUGCAAUGGAUAUACAUCACAUACUGGAUGGUGCCAUAGGCCUUUCUAUUCCAAAAGCACAUAUCAGCGGCCUGAGAGAGUUCAUGCUGGAUGUGAAGCCACUCAAUUCAUCUAAUAAUGGACUAUUUACCGAGUUCUGGGAGGCAUUAUUUAACUGUAAAUUUAGGCAGUUAGCAUCAUCAGCAAACAUUCAGAGAGAGUGUACUGGACAUGAAGACCUGACAGGAGUACAAAACAGCUACACUGAUAUGUCUCUCAUGCCUAUCUUUAACAACGUCUAUAAAGGAGUGUAUACUGUGGCCCAUGCACUUCACAAUAUCCUCAAAUGUAAUAAAACAUGUAACAAAGCUGUUCCGUUAGACCCAUUCACGAUUUUACAGCACAUAAAAAACAUUUACUUCAAAACAAAAGAAGGAGAGGAGGUUUACUUUGAUGAGAAUGGAGAUCCAGCAGCAAAAUAUGAAAUUAUAAACUGGCAGCCAAGAGAAAAUGGCUGCAUGCUCCGACAUGUAGCAUUUGGCAUCACCUUUGUCCUCUGUAUCUCUUGUGUUUUGGGAAAAACAAUACUUGUUUUAAUGGCCUUCAGAGCUACACGUCCAGAUAGCAAUAUGAAAUUGUUUGGACACACACAACAAAGGCUGUGUGUUUUGGGAUUCACUCUUAUACAAGUUGUCAUUUGUAUCAUUUGGUUAACAAGUUCUCCUCCAUUUCCAUUUAAGAAUUUUAAGGAAUUCAAAGAUAAAAUCAUCUUAGAGUGUGCUCUGGGAUCAGCUGUAGGGUACUGGGCUGUGCUUGGAUAUAUAGGAAUCUUGGCCAUUUUAUGUUUCAUUUUUGCUUUUCUGGCUCGGAAACUACCCGAUAAUUUCAACGAAGCCAAGUUUAUUACUUUCAGCAUGCUGAUAUUCUGUGCAGUAUGGAUUACAUUUAUCCCAGCAUAUGUCAGCUCCCCUGGGAAGUUUAGUGUUGCUGUAGAAAUAUUUGCUAUACUUGCUUCCAGUUUUGGACUGCUAUUUUGCAUUUUCAUUCCAAAAUGUUAUAUAAUUUUACUGAAACCAGAGAAGAAUACCAAGAAGAACAUGAUGGGAAAGAAGGCACCCCAUUAA